AGGUGGGGCUGGCGCGCCCGCAGGGCCGAGGCUCCCCGUGACGGCCGCAGCCAGGCGGCCCGGCCCAGGCUGCGCCCGACUCUAUGGUGGCCGCCACAGCUGAGCGCGGCCCCGGCCCGGAGCUGCCAAGCCCACGUGCUGCGCUCGAGCCCCGGGGCAGCCUGGCGCGCGUCCCGGCCGCCCUGCCCGGGCCGCUCCGUGGGCCAUGGGCUCGGCGCAGGAGGCCCAGGCCUGCCUCGCCUUCUACCGGGGGCUCGGGCGGAGGGAGCCGCUGCACGAUCUCUGCCGGGCCGUGCUCGCCUUCCUGGAGAAGCUGGAGCAGUUCGCAGGGGGUUCUGUGAAGAGAUGUAAAGAUAAAAAUCUGGAGGAGGCUCUUCUGCUCUUUCAGGAGCUGAGCAAGGGGUUAUGGGAGCUAGACGAUGCCGACGUGCUUCCCUUAGUGCGCUGCAUGCUUGCUUUCCAAAUGGAGACGACCAGCAGUUCCAGCUCCUUCCAUAAGCUCGAGCAGAUUGUUACGAAGUUGUCGGAAGGUAAAGAAUCCCUGGUUGCUGAGGAAGUGAAUAAGUUAAUGAGCAGCCUGACCGAGUCCAAACAGGUGCUGUCUCCGGGAGACCUCCAGACAGUUUGCAUGUUCAUAGAGGAAAGCCGCCUAGGCCGACACCACUGGAGACUCAGCCUAGCCCCACUGCUGCUGCGUGUAGCUACCACGUUGAAUUGGGUGCUGCAGGACCCAACGGCCAGGAGCGGGGAGUGGAGCUACAUCACGGUCAAGACCUGCCUGCAGCUUUUCCAGGCGAUGUCAAAGGAAGUGUCGCCUCUGGUGUGGAGCGAAGCCGAGAACAGUGAAAUCGUGCAGAGCAUUUUGGGAUCUUUGCUGCAAGUCGUCAUGGAGCAGACAGCUAACAAGGACGCCCGCCUGCUGGCCGGCACUGCCGUGAGCAUGUUGGUGAACACUGCUGCUGAGCCAGAGAGAGGGGCCAGAGCCGUGCUGACUCUUUUCCAGCUAGUCGACCAAGGGCCAGGAGAGCUGAGAUUUGGAGAACUCAAGGUGGAGACGUCUGUCCUGAGUUCAGACGGCUUAGCGAGACUGGUGCUCACUAGGGGUUUAUUAACUUGCUGCAAGAAGGAGAUCCUGAGCUGCCGGCUGGACAGCUUCCCACCCCGGGCUUGUCUCUUGCUGGACGUGCUGUUUCCAGCUGUCUGGGCUGUGAGCGAAGGGCAGAAGGAUUAUCAUUACUACCGUUUCCAAGUUUUCUCCCUCUGGCUGCAACGUAUCCUGGAGUGUCUGCCCGAGAUCUGGAAAGUCAAGGAGAGCCGCAUGCUGGCUGAGAACUCUGAACUGCUCCACAGACUGAGCCAGUUCAUCUGGAACAAUGCAGAAAGCCCGGUGGAAGGGGCGUCAGAGUUCAUACAUAGCUCCUUUCAACAUCUCCUGGAGAUCUACCGCCUGGAGUGCCAUCGCUUCGAGGACCUGGAGAGACCCCUCUAUGAACAGUUCCUGCAGAGAAUCAUCACAAUGCCCUGGCAGGUCAAAGCCAGAUAUUUCCCCCUGUGCGCCAUUCUCCCCUACGUGGGCACAGAGAAAGUUCUGGAUACCUACAAGGAUCUUCCCCAGCACCUUCUGAACUGCCUUUCCACUAACCACCUGUGCCCAGCUGCAUCAGACGUGUAUAAAACCAUUUUGCAACAGCAGCGCAAGCACUGGAUUGCGGGAGAGGAACCUGGCACAGAGGAGGAGCUGGCUCAGAAGUGGGCACUGCACUGGCUGCCCACCCUGGCCAGUGCUUUGACCUCUCCCAUCUCCUUCCUUCAGAGCAACGCUUCCAACUACCUUCUUGUCUGGACUUUGCGGCUCUUCCCCGCCUCUUACGCUUUGCUUGCUGAGAGCUGCAGUGGUGGGGACUCUGCCCACCUUCGGGCGUGGGUCGCCCUGCUGAACGGCCGCAAGAUCAUCACCGGGGCCUUGCCCCUGGAUGGGGAGACUUUGGAAAGGCUCUGCUGCUGCUUGCACUCCAGGGAGGAGAACAUUCGCCUAGCAGCUCUGGGUCUCCUGUGUUGCAGCCCCAGGACCAACCAGGCCUUGUCAGAGGUGGAGGUCCGUCUACUGAAGGAGUUCUUGCCACUGAACCUGAACUGCGACUCGUCCUCUUUCCGGCAGCUGCUCCAGGCUGCAGUGAAGAAGGCUCUGGUCCGGCUGAGGGACAGCGCCCUCUCUCAGCUGCGCAGCAAGAUGCAGAGCAAAGCUACUGAGCGCUCCGCCAGCACGGAUCCAGAAGGAGCACUUGCACAAGCAGUAGAUUUUGUGGAGUGGCUGCUGCAGUUAAGCAUUUCCUUUCUGACCCCAGGGUCAAACUACCAGAGGAAGAAGACUGCCCUGCUGCUCCUGGCAGCGGUGCUGGAGACCUGCACCGACACCUGGAGCCCCGCCAGGAAGAAGGGGCAGCCUCCACAGAACAUGGCGGCAUUGUUGAGCUGGGCCAGGCAGAAGGGCUGCUGGGACUUUUUCUCUAGAAGCAACUUGUUGGCAGUGCUGAGCUGCUUGCAGGACAGUACGAAUGAGGUCCGAGAGCUGGCAUCAGAGCUGCUCAUCCGCUACUUCCCACCGGCUUUCCCAGAACCCAUUGCUGUGGCUCUGUUUGAGCGUGCCCAGGAGGCUGUGAGCAGCCCCAGAGUGCAGGAGGCAGAAGCCGGAGCAGUGCUGAUGAAAACCAUCCUCCAGAAGUCAGACGGCAGCACCUUGAAGAGACUAUUCCCCGAGGGGAAAGCAGCACCAACUCUGCAGCACCGAGGCCUGUGCUUUGCUCAGUAUCUUCUCCGCAUGUUGCAAGCUCACUACGCCAUGGCUUGUCAAGACCUGCUGCAGGCAGCGAGCAGUAACCCAAUGCAUGGAGUGAUGGCGGCGCUGCGGAGGUGUCUGCUCGAGGUACCGGAGGGGGCAGUCUCUAUGCUGAAGGGAGAGCACGUGCAGAGCUGGCAGGAGCUCCUCAGCCAUUUGGUGACCUUGCUGGGAGACAUCAGCACCUUCCUCCUGGGGGUGCUCCAGAGCAGGCAGGGGCCCAACGCCAACCAGCCAGCUGCUGCCCCUUCAUUUGCAGACAUGGUAAAUGCUAUUGGCUCCCUUAUCAUGCUGGGGAAAGGCCUGGAGCAGCAGGAUGGGGAGGACUCCAUCUUGCUGUCCGAGGAGCACAACCUUAUCCUGACCUGCUGCUGGGUCUCAGUGAAGGAAAUAGGGCUGCUCUUGGGAGGCCUAGUGGAGAAGAUUCUCCCUCUGGCACCACCGGCAGGGCCUGAGCCACUCCUGCCACUCACUGUGUUCAAGAUGGCGGCUAGAGUGUUUCAGGAAGUGCUGCUGAAGUGCCGGCACUGGGGAGCAGUUGAAGGUUGCAGCAUGGGAUUCACCAAAUUUUGCAGUGCUUUGCUGAACCAUCCUCAUGCAGAACUGCAGGCAGUGCCAAGAACGAUGCUGGCACAGGGUUUGGAAUUGCUAAGUGGCCCCAGGAGCAGCUCCAUUACCCGCAGGGCAGCUGGCUUCCCCAUGCUCUUCCUGUGUAUCGUCGGUGGGGAGGAUCCCUCCAAGGCACGCCCUCUGCUAGCACAUUGCAUCCAGACUUUACUGGCCUUGGCCAACACGCCUCUCCCGCAGAACUGGGACCAGACGCUGGACCUCCCUCAGGUCUCCGCCUUGCACGUGCUGCAGACACUGGUGCGUGGCUCCGGCCUAGGAACGGCGCUGCUGCAGUAUGUCACGCCUAUGAUGGCUCUGCUUCUGAAGGCACUAGGCUCGUCUAGCUGGGCCAUGAAAAACGCAGCCAUCCAGCUCUUCAGCGCCCUCACAGCUCGGGUGCUGGGUCCGAAGCGGAGCCGGGACGAUAGCUGCGCUCAAGACGGGGUGAGCCCUCAGGCGUUCUUCAGCCGCUACCCGCAGCUGAGGGAGAUCCUGCUGGGAGAGCUGCACUCAGCUCUGGAGACGGCAGGAGAGCCGGAGGGAGGGAGGUUUCACCUCUGCCCCUCGCUCCACGCCAUCCUCACGCUCUUGGCAAAACUCCAACCCGGGGCAGAUGGACUGAGCAGCGUCUCCACUUGCUUCCUGGAGCCCUUGCUUCAGCUUGCAGGAAACCCCAUCUACGCUGUGCGAGUCAUGGCAGCCAAGGCCCUAGUCCCUGUUGUCCCUACAGCUGAAUACGGGAAGAUCCUGCUGCGACUGGCUGGGGACUUAGCUAAGCAAGGCGGUGUCCUAUCCCACAACACGCUGCAUGGGCGUCUGCUGCAGAUACGGGCUCUGCUGACUUACGCUGCAGACACGAACUGUUUGUCACCAGAUGCCAUGCUGUCUGUGGCUCACCAGAUGGAAGGCCAGUUCUGGUUGGUCACCCCUGCACAGCAGUGCCCUCUGAUUCGCUCAGCCUACCUCCAAGUCAUCUCCUUGUUGGCGGGGAGCUGCACCCAGGGUUUUGCAAAGCGUUUUCGAGAGGUUGUGAGCAGUGAACUGGACAGCCUUGGGCCAGGGCAGAAGGCAAGAUCUUCCGAGCUCCAGGUGGGCUCCGCUGUGUUCCAUCAAGUUAUCACCCACUUCCUCUGCAAGGAGGCAGCAAGCCUGGCUGGGGCUGAGAGAGUUGGUGCCGUUUGCUUGCUCCUCCAAGGGGCAGAUGUUGAUAUACAAUCAGCCAUCCUGACGUGGGUGAUUGAAGGGGAGGAAGAAAGAAGCAAGGACUUGGAGAAGAGUCUCCAGCUGACGUUACUGGAGAACCUAAAGUCAGUGCUACAAGGUCGGAGGGACAAAGAGUUCUUGAAGUUAUACCUGGAGGCUUUGGUGCAUCUGUGCCGCAAUCCUUCAUCCCAGGCCCAGGAUGUUUUCCAUAAACUCUUGGGUCCUGCAGCAGCAUGUGUGGAUGUCCUGCUAUCUAUGGUGGAAACAGAGUCUCCUGGCCCAGACCUCCUCUUCCAGGCACUCUCCGUGAUUAGCGUGCUCCUUGUCCUGGGUUCCAAGCUUCGGGAUUAUCCCCUGCUUGAGCGAUGGUGUGUGAUGCUGGAAAGAUGCAGCAAAUCCAUUUCUUCAGAGGUGCUGAGACUGGCGGCAGCAAGGUCUCUCAAGCUGGCAGGAGCGGACGUGGUUCAGAGUGCCUUGGAAGCCUCCUGCCCAUCCCUGCUGUCGGUGGCUGUGCGUGUGAUGGACAUGGGCAUUUACCUGCUACAAGAUGAGGAUCAGGAAGUACGGCGUGAAGCCUCUGUCUUCGCCAGCCUUGUUCAGCACGUGUCGGGAGCGUGGCCUAAAGAUAGUUGUGUCUUCAUCCAGGGUAACAGAGGGCUGGUGUGCCUGCUGCAUGUCCUGCUGGAAAAGUUCUGGGGCUGCCAAGAAACCUUUGAGUUUUUGCUACGGCACCUCCCCACACUGGAUCUCAGCAACAUCUUGACAGAACUGGAGGCCAACAAAGCCGUCAGUCUGUAUAAAGAGGACGAACCCAAUGUUUUUGCAGAGCCAGCUGUCUUAUCCCGGCUGCUCCUCCCCUUCCUCCUUCAGCUGCUGGACAGGGUGCCCGCCUCUGCUCAGCUUUGUGACUUCACUCAACGCUGGCUGAAAGCCACCGGACCCAGCAUCUUACACAACCUGCAGCACUGCAAGCACUGGUGGAGCCAAGAGGCCAUUGCACCUUUGCAUAUGAAAGCUCUGGGGUGUGCAAAGGUGCAUGCUGCUGUCACAGCGCUACUGGUGAAGGCCACACUUCUGGCCCACGCUCUGGAUGGCCUGGAAAGGACCCACAUCAGUGCUUCAGAGAUCCACUGCACUUCCCAGGAGCUGAGAAGUGAGCUUAUGCUGGUCCAGGAACUGCUAGCCCAGCAUGGAAUGGCCCCCACCUUCAGUUUAGACUAUGGGAUCACAGAUACAAGGUUCUCAGUAAGAGCUGUCUGAUCAUCCCAGGUGGCAGAACUGUGUUGUACUGAGUUACCAUGAGCCAUUAGCCAAGGGGCAGAGUGUGCUCUCUUCACACUGUGCUUUAGAUGUCUGUUCCCAGACACUGCUGGAUCUCUGUGCUCACCUUCCUGAUUUCUCCUCUGCUGGGAGCCAUCCAGAACUGGUAGGUUAUUGAUGUAACUCAGGUGCUCCCCAUUCACCAGCCAGGAAAGGGAGGUGGUACACUGUCCUACUACCCGGGAUCUAGGCCCCUUUCCCCCUCAGGUUAGCUUGGUUCCUCAGACUUAUUUUAUCAACCACACAUUCUCUGGAUCAGGCCAGGAGGUGACAGCUUCCAGUUCUUCAUUCAGAGGCAGCUUUACAAAUUACAUUACUACCAACAUCAAAUACCAGUGAUGGUCUUAGCCCAUGUUUCUGCUCCUCUCUACCUGAAAGGCAUGGGCUCCUUGGUAUGCCCAAUAUUCUCAGGUCAAGACAGCCUUCCCUGUAAUGAGGAGGGUUGGAUGCACUACUCCCCGAAGGACCAGAGAGAACACGUCUCGAAGGAGGUCACAUCUCAAACUCCGAUCCCUCUGCUCUUAUUUCACUGUUUUUUAUCCACGUUUGUGGCUUCUGUUAUAAGGAGCCAAUAAACAUGCUUUUGGCU